UGAACUCUGAACACCUCUCCCCGCUCGCGUGGCGAAUCUUCUAGUGUAGAAUAGAACCUCACCUCACCUCGUUUAUCCAAAACUUUAACCAAAACCCCAAUACGCCGUCGUUUUUACUCCACACCCAAAUGCUUGCUGAUGAAAAGUCUCCACUUGUUGUUGUCUUCCCCGAUCCUCCUCCACCGCUUCGCUUCUCGCAGCAUCGCAACUCUGUCUUCUUCUCUACACAGACGAAGAAUCAUCGUCCGUACAAAUCGUCAUUCGUUUCCUUUCCCGAUUCUCUCGAGACCCGUUUCUUCAGGCAAGGUCUUGGCCAUGGCGUCGAGCUCGUCAGCAGCAUCUCCGAAACAUACCAAUCGUUUGGCUGCUGAGCACAGUCCUUAUCUCCUUCAGCACGCGCACAAUCCGGUUGAUUGGUUUCCAUGGGGAGAAGAAGCUUUUGAAGAAGCAAGGAAGAGAGACGUCCCCAUCUUCUUAUCAAUUGGAUACAGUACCUGUCACUGGUGCCAUGUGAUGGAAGUUGAGUCAUUUGAAAGUGAAGAAGUGGCGAAACUCUUGAACGAUUCAUUUGUUAGUAUCAAGGUGGAUCGAGAAGAGCGGCCUGAUGUGGAUAAGGUUUAUAUGUCAUUCGUCCAGGCUCUCUACGGUGGAGGAGGCUGGCCACUCUCCGUCUUCCUUUCACCUGAUCUGAAGCCGCUAAUGGGUGGAACCUACUUUCCUCCAAGUGACAACUACGGAAGACCAGGAUUCAAGACUCUCCUCAAGAAAGUUAAAGACGCGUGGGACACUAAGAGGGAUGUGCUUGUGAAGAGCGGUACUUACGCUAUUGAAGAACUCUCAAAAGCCUUAUCUGCAAACGCUGGCAAUGAUAAAUUGCCAGAUGGACUUUCCCGGACGGCUGUGACUAUAUGCGCAAAACAACUUUCUCGAAGCUACGAUUCAAAAUACGGUGGUUUUGGAUCUGCGCCAAAGUUCCCAAGGCCUGUAGAGAUCCAGCUGAUGCUUUACCACUCCAAAAAGCUCAAGGAAGCUGGCAAAACCAGCGAGGCUGAUGAAGACCAAAGCAUGGUUCUAUUCAGCCUCCAAGGCAUGGCCAAUGGAGGGAUGCAUGACCACAUUGGAGGCGGGUUCCAUAGGUACAGCGUUGAUGAAUGUUGGCAUGUUCCACAUUUUGAGAAGAUGCUAUAUGAUCAAGGGCAGCUAGCUAAUGUCUACCUAGAUGGUUUCAUCAUCACCAAGGAUGUUAUGUAUUCUUAUGUGGCGAGAGACGUCCUUGAUUAUCUGAGGAGAGACAUGAUUGCACCUGAAGGUGGAAUAUACUCUGCUGAAGAUGCUGAUAGCUUUGAGUUCGAAGGCGCAAAGAGAAAGAAGGAAGGAGCUUUCUAUAUAUGGACCAACGAUGAGAUUGAUGAGGUUCUUGGGGAGAAUGUAGAUCUUUUCAAGGAGCAUUACUAUGUUAAGAAGUCAGGUAACUGCGACCUCUCAAGCAUGAGUGAUCCGCACAACGAGUUCGCUGGCAAGAACGUGCUGAUCGGGAGAAAUGAGCUGUCUGCAAUGGCGUCAAAGUUCAGCCUCUCCGUUGAGAAGUAUCAGGAGAUUUUGGGUGAAUGCAGAAGAAAGCUUUUCGACGUCAGGCUGAAGAGACCUAAGCCUCAUUUAGAUGAUAAGAUAAUUGUGUCGUGGAACGGUCUUGUUAUCUCGGCUUUGGCGAGAGCGUCUAAGAUUCUUGGGGCUGAGCCUGAAGGCACCAAGUACUGUUUCCCUGUGGUGAAUAGUCAGCCGGAAGAGUACAUAGACGUUGCAGAGAAAGCAGCUUUGUUCAUAAGAACCAAUCUCUAUGAUGAGCAAUCACACAGAUUACAACACAGUUACAGAAAGGGACCAUCCAAGGCUCCUGCGUUUUUAGAUGAUUAUGCUUUUUUGAUCUCUGGUUUGCUUGAUCUCUACGAGAAUGGAGGUGGGAUCAACUGGCUUAAAUGGGCCAUUGAACUUCAAGAGACACAAGAUGAGUUGUGUCUGGACCGAGAAGGAGGAGCGUACUUCAACACUGAAGGACAAGACCCAUCUGUUCUUCUCCGUGUAAAAGAGGAUCAUGAUGGUGCAGAGCCUUCAGGGAACUCUGUUUCUGCUAUUAACCUUGUGAGGUUAGCUUCCAUUGUUGCUGGAGAUAAGGCUAACUCCUACUUAACCACUGCACAGCGUCUCCUGGCAGUCUUUGAGUUGAGGUUGAAAGAAAUGGCUGUGGCGGUGCCGUUGAUGUGCUGUGCGGCGGAUAUGAUCUCUGUUCCGUCGAGGAAACAGGUUGUGCUGGUUGGUUCCAAGUCUUCUGCAGAGUUCAACAACAUGCUGACAGCAGCACACUCGGUGUAUGAUCCUAAUAAAACGGUGAUUCACAUAGAUCCUUGGAGUUCUGAUGAGAUGGAGUUUUGGGAAGAGUACAACAGUAAUGUAGCUGAGAUGGCUAAGAGGAACAACAGAGACUCUGACAAAGUGGUGGCUCUUGUUUGUCAACACUUUACCUGCAGUUCUCCUGUCUUUGACUCUUCUUCUCUCACUCGCUUGCUGUCCAAGUAACAGGAGAGAUUCCAUGUUUGCUUGUGGUGUGAGGAACAAGAUCAACGUUUUUGUUGAUAAAUAAGGAGAUAUACGCACAAAAAUAAAUGAGAUAAUUAAACCAGAUAUUUUUUUGGUUGAACACAAAACGAGACUUGAAUUUUCCUAAAAGAA